AUGUUCCGUCACUGCGAGCAGUCCAAGUGCCCCAGAUAUGUACGUAUUCCAAAAAUCGGUAUCAUAAUUGGCUCUGUAGUCGGUUUCGUUGUCCUGUGUGUUAUAAUAGGAUCUAUCAUCUGCUGUGCAACCGGGUGCUGUAAUAAUCAAAGGAGAGGAGCAGUGACACAAAUCCCUAGAAAUACCAUUGUGUACACAACAACGACCAUACCGGUAGGACAGGCCUACACAAUCGGGCUGUCGUCACCUCCACCAAAUACAGGGUAUGGGCCAGGAAUGUCUCAGCAGUUCGUUGCACAGGGGUCAGGGAUACAGGAGCCAAAUGUCGGGUAUAGGCCAGGAAUGCCACCACCAAGUACAGGACAAGGACCAGCAUUGACACCCAAUUCAUUACCAGGGGUACCUGUACCUGCAUCGGAUGCACCGAGCGGAUCCAGUAAUGCCGAACCACCUAGUAAUGCCGAACCCCCUCCCCAAUAUGCGGAAAAAGAUGCUGCCGAACCCCCUCCCCCUUACCCUCCUACAGAGGAUGGAAACCCCCCUCCCGCUUACCCUCCCACAGAUGCUGCAUACCGCCCAAAAAAUAAAAAACGGUAA